AUGGCGAGUGACUCGGACCUGGUGACCGACCUCUGCCUGGAGACGGUCACGGCCGGCCACGGCGUGCUCGUGUUCUGUCCGACCAAGGCCUGGUGUGAGCAGCUGGCCCUCAACGUGGCCGCCGAGUUCUGCCGGCUCGCCAUCCGUUGCGUUUCAUCUCAGCAAACCGCCUUCACGGCCACCGCCUUCACCGGUGCCUUCCUUAACGGCAUCGCCGGGAUCAUGGCCAUGGCGACGCCGCCCCACAUCUCGGCGCUGUGGUUCCCGCCCGAGCAGCGCACCACGGCUACUGGACUGCCCAGCAUCGCCAGCCAGCUGGGCGGCAGCUGCGCCUUUCUCAUCGGGCUGCUGAUCGUGCGGCAGCCAGGGGGUGCCGACCCGGCCGCGGACUUAGACGCCGCCCGCAGCGACAUCAUGACUUUGAUGUACGUGGAGGCAGGCCUGGCCGCCUACUUCUCCGUGUUCAACAUCAACGUCGCUCCGCUGGGCGUCAGUCAGGAUGACGCCGGCUGGCUCGGCUUCUGGGCGUGUGUCAUCAGCUGUGUGGCAGCGCUGUUUGUAGCCCGCCUGACAGACAUAUUCCGAGGCCACAUGAAGGCCACGGUUAUGGGCCUUUUCCUCGGUGCAGCUGUGAGCUACUGCUGGCAACUGGCGCUGGCCGCCCAGUGGCUGUCUUUCUCGCUGCCCAGGCUGUAUUGUUCAACACUGCUUUGCCUUUCGCUCACGUACUCGACAUCGCCUCUGCUGUACGAGUAUGCUGUUGAGCUCAGCUACCCUGUGUCUGCUGACGUGAUCGGCGCCGUCAUGAGUGUCAGCAUGAACGUUAUCAGCGCUCUAUCGCUCCUGCUCUUCCUGAUCAAGCCGCUGAGUGAACACACACUUUGGCUCAACUAUGCUUUGGUUCUCGCCGUGCUGCUCUCGACGACCAUGGUCUGGAAGACCACGGAAAUCUACAGGCGAACGGACACUGACAGGAACUUGCAGGGGACGUCGUAG